AUAAACAAAGGCUAAGCUCUCUCUCUGUCUUUCUCUCUCCUUAGUCAUCUGCUUCUCUGUACUGAAAAUCAACUGACCCUUACAAUCUUUCUCUUUGAUUUAGCGCCUGCAAAGAUCUCCGGCUGAGCUAUCCUUGUGUCCGGUACUCCGAUUUCCACACAUUUUCUGUUAUCAAUUUGUUUGGGGGUUCGAUGACCGUCGAUGAUUCCUGAGGCUUCUUCUCCGGCGAACUUUGUCGUCCUUCAUGGACCACCACCUGUACGAUGCCUGAGCUCCGUAGAAAGCCACGGAGGAGCCGGGUAUGCGAAGACCCAAUCACGAUUGUGCACCAAACACCCGUUAAGCUAACUGUCAGAACACGCCACCGUGGGAAACCUGCUAAGCGCGGCGGAGAGAAGUGUAUUAAGGAGGGGAACGACGCGAUCGACGCCGAUGGUGAGAGGGAUAUUGUGAACCCUGGAAUCGGUCUUGAAACUAGCAAAGGUGAAGUUGGGAAGGACAAAGAGCUACUGGAGGUUGGUGUUAAAGCCAUGGAUGAGUUCGAUAGUGGCGGACGGAACGGCGAUAAAGGUCCUAAAGCUGAGGAUGAAAGCACGGCCGCUCCUCUUCCGGAGAAGGUUCAGGUUGGCGGCUCUCCAUUAUAUAAAGUAGAAAGAAAAUUAGGAAAAGGAGGUUUUGGACAGGUGUAUGUGGGUCGACGCAUGGGUCCCACGAGCUUGAAUGAAAGAUCUGGCUCUGGAGCUGUAGAGAUAGCCUUAAAAUUUGAGCAUAGAAGUAGUAAAGGGUGCAACUAUGGACCUCCCUAUGAGUGGCAGGUUUACAAUGCACUAGGUGGUAGCCAUGGUGUGCCAAGAGUUCAUUACAAGGGUCGGCAAGGUGACUACUAUGUCAUGGUUAUGGACAUGCUUGGACCUAGUCUUUGGGAUGUCUGGAAUAACAAUGCUCACACGAUGUCGAUUGAAAUGGUUGCAUGCAUCGCAAUCGAGGCAAUCUCCAUAUUAGAGAAGAUGCAUUCUAGAGGGUACGUGCAUGGUGACGUGAAGCCUGAAAACUUUUUGCUAGGCCCUCCUGGAACCCCAGAAGAGAAAAAGUUGUUUCUUGUAGAUCUUGGUUUAGCAACGAAGUGGCGUGAUAGUUCAACUGGUCAACAUGUUGAGUAUGAUCAACGGCCAGACGUUUUCCGAGGAACAGUUCGGUAUGCUAGUGUUCAUGCGCAUCUUGGCAGAACUGCUAGUCGGAGAGAUGAUUUGGAAUCGCUUGCUUACACUCUUGUUUUUCUUCUUCGUGGUCGGCUUCCUUGGCAAGGAUAUCAGGGAGAAAAUAAAGGAUUCCUUGUGUCCAAGAAGAAGAUGUCUACUUCCUCUGAAACAUUGUGCUGUUUUUGCCCACAGCCUUUUAGGCAGUUUGUUGAAUAUGUUGUGAAUUUGAAAUUUGACGAAGAGCCGAACUAUGCAAGAUAUAUCUCCCUCUUUGAUGGGAUCGUCGGUCCAAAUCCAGAUAUCCAUCCAAUUAACACAGAUGGUGCACAGAAACUUAUUUUUCAGGUUGGGCAGAAGAGAGGAAGGCUAUCCAUGGAGGAUGAAGAUGACGAACAACCAAAGAAGAAGGUUCGAAUGGGGAUGCCUGCAACUCAAUGGAUUAGUGUUUAUAAUGCCCGUAAACCAAUGAAGCAAAGAUAUCACUAUAACGUUGCUGAUAUGAGGCUCUCUCAGCACAUUGAGAAAGGAAACGAAGAUGGUUUAUUUAUUAGUUGCGUUGCUUCAUGUUCGAAUCUUUGGGCCCUUAUUAUGGAUGCUGGAACUGGAUUUACUGCUCAAGUUUACGAACUCUCGCCAUGCUUUCUUCACAAGGACUGGAUCAUGGAACAGUGGGAGAAAAACUAUUACAUCAGUGCAAUAGCAGGAGCUAAUAAUGGGAGCUCAUUGGUAGUAAUGUCCAAAGGGACUCAGUACCUUCAGCAAUCUUAUAAAGUCAGCGAUUCAUUUCCCUUCAAGUGGAUAAAUAAGAAAUGGAGGGAGGGAUUUUAUGUUACUGCCAUGGCCACUGCCGGCAGUAGAUGGGCAAUUGUCAUGUCACGCGGUGCAGGAUUUUCUGACCAGGUGGUGGAACUAGAUUUCCUAUAUCCUAGUGAAGGUGUUCACCGCAGGUGGGAUAGUGGUUACCGCAUCACAUCAACGGCUGCAACUUUGGACCAGGCUGCUCUUGUUUUGAGUGUGCCUAGGAGAAAGCCUACCGAUGAAACUCAAGAAACGCUUCGGACAUCUGCCUUUCCUAGUACACAUGUCAAGGAGAAAUGGGCAAAGAACCUUUAUAUCGCAUCUAUUUGCUAUGGCCGAACUGUUUCAUGAACUACUACCCCUAAGUCGAUGCCACCUAGAGCCUGCAAUUUUUAAACAAAUGGUGUUCCUCUUGGGCAGACAUGAAUUUUUAAGACAAACAAUUGACUGUGGCUAAUGGAGUUCGUGCAGCUUAACUGUUCAUUACGUCAACAUCGUGUAGCAUCAGAUACCUGACACCUAUGCUCUGGCUUUCAUUCAUGUUAUUCAAGUAUGAACUAAAGUUAGAUCUUUCAUGUUCCUGAGGUUUGGAUGAUUUUACCAAUUUCUUAAAGGAUUUGUAUAGUCUUGAAAACUAGUUCUUGACUGAAGGCAUGUGCACAACGUAGGCCAUCGUGCAGUUACGAUUAUGAAGCAUCCGUGGGCACUCGAUAUUCAUAUCCCUUUUACUUGUACUUAGAUCCUUAUCUCUUACCUUUUUGGAACUGAGGAUAUUAAAUGUCUGAACCUGGAACAUAUCAAUUUUACACCUUUAAGCAAUACGUUUUA